GCUCGGUUGCCGGUGCUGCGGGGGUCGGGGUCGGACUGGGAGAUGGCGAGCCGGCCGGUGUCGGAUAGCGAAAGCGACGAGACGGUAGUGGAGGGCUCAGUCCAGGAGAGUGAAGACGAGGCGGAGGACCGACACCUGGACAGGAUGCUAUUUAUUCACAAAAAUGCUUUUCAGCUGUACCAUUCAAGUGAUUUCACUUCAGGGAAAGAAGCCCCAUUUGGAGGAAGUUCAUCUCCUGUUAUUCAGCUGAUACCUAAAACCAAACGUUUUCAAUUGCAUAUGAAAAAUCAACAGCAGGUGAAAACUCUGGCUUAUGAUGAUGCAACACAGUUGGGGCAAUCACAGAGAUUACUGAGAUCAGGUGUGACAUGUUUGACUGGUGAAGGAACUACCCCCCAUGUGACUUAUAUUGAUAUUGAACAUAACUACUCUCAAGAUUCAGAAGAUACAGAUGAAACAAUGUUGGAUACUGAGAUGAGUAAUGAUCUGCCAGCCCAGAGUAGUCAACAGGAAAUUUCAGAUAAUGAAAGUACUCCAGAAAUAAAUCUGAUCACUGGAGCUCUUAUUACCUCCUGCAUAUCGACACAAGAGAGGAGAAUAGCAUUUGCUGAUGAACCGUCUGUAGGAAACCGUGCAUCCAAUAUGCCAUCAUUAUUUUCAAGUCAUAAUUCCCUUGUGGGAUCAUUUAAUAUUUCUAAAGCAGAAACAACCAAUGCAACACGAAGUUCACUAUCACAAGCUUUACCCCAGGAAGAGAUCUCAGCACAAGGGAAUCUUGAAAAAAAUACAAGCUCCAAAUCUACAAGUAAUGAAAUACUAAUAAUGGACUUGUUAAGACCUCUAAGCAAUGAAUCUAGAAGUAGCUCUCUGACAACAAUAAAUCUGUCACCCCUUAUGGAUUCUCUCAAUGCAUUGAGCGAUGGUGCAGCAACAACUGAAUUGUUAGCAGAAAGACAGGAUGCAUUGCCUGUAGAAUUGUUGGCAGCAAUCAACAAAAUGCCAUUAAUGACAACAGUUCUUCCAGUCAAUGGGACACUGUCAUCAGUUAAUGAGAAAUUGGCAAUUAAUUCAUCCACUGAGGACAACCUAGAACUCAAAGCAUGUAUGUUUACACUGCCUGACAAUAAUAAAGAAAUCAAUGAAGACCUCACACAAAUAACAGAUAAUGAACCAAACUUCGAAUCUUCAAGGGAACUUGAACACCUGCAGGAGAAGAAUAUUGAGUUUUCAAAUGACAAGAAUAAAGAUGAAGCAGAUACUUCCAAAUUUGAGUUGAUGGACAAGUUAACAGAAAGGCAAACUUGUAAUGUGUCUAAUGUGACUCUGACAACUCCUUCACAUCAGGACAAUGUAGCUGGUGCUACCAACCUACGAAGAUCUUCUAGGAAAAGGGUUGCAACAAAUUCUACUUUUCCCUGCUGUGGGUCUUCUGUUUGUGAAAAUCACAAAUUGCAAUUUCACACAAGAUCGAAAGAUAUAAAGAGAAAGGCAGUGAUAACUGACCAUGAAGAACCUUCGCACAAAUUGCUUGAAUAUACUGGAGAGAAAAAAGUGCCAACUUUGCGAAAUACACAUAUAGUUGUAAAAAAUAAAUUAGAACAUAGAGAUCAACAAGGAAUGUGCAAUAAAUUAAUACACAAUAACAACAUUCGGGACUCUAAAAUAAAUGAUACUUUGAGUACUAAGCUGCUUUGCAGUAAAUUACAAAGCAGGGAGCUAUUUGCUAAUUCACAAGAAUACGUGAAAAUCAGCACCAGGUCACAUAGAGGAAAAGACAGAGAAAAUAUAACUGAAGUAGAAACUAAAGGCAAACAAAAAGACAUACAGCAUAGGACAACAUCAGCAAUGAUAGCACAUCAGAGUUCAAGAGCUGAAAAAGGGAGCAACAUGAGUUGUCAUGAUAAGUGCCAGGAUGAACCACGAGGGAAUACAGCAAAACCUGAAGAUGAACCUAUCAUAACUCGAUCUGCUUCCAACAUUGCCGCUAUAUUAAAGUGCCGCAAGACUAUGAAAAGAAAAAACAUUUAUGGAGAGACAAAAUUACAUGAAGCUGCAUUUAAUGGCAAUGUAAACCUGCUUCAUGCCCUUAUUCAAGCAGGUGCCAAUGUAAAUCUGCCUGAUUAUGCAGGCUGGACAGCUCUGCAUGAAGCAAGUAACAAUGGAUUCCAUGAAGCUGUGUUGGUGUUGUUAUCAGCUGGUGCAGAUGUUAACUCAAAGGGGUUGAAUGGCAUAACUCCUCUGCAGGAUGCUGUCAGAAAUGGACAUUCACAGGUAGUGAAAUUAUUGUUGCAACAUGGAGCUGAUCCUUUUGAAAAGAAUGAUCAUGGCAUCUGUGCAUUAGAUGAAGCUUUGGAUAACCACAUGAAGCAAUUAAUGAAAAGCUAUCAACAAAGAAAAGGUGCAGUCAAAGUUGGAGGAAACCGACAGCAUACAAGAAACAGGGAUUUAAAAAGUACAGUGGCCAGUAAGAUUGAGGUUUGCAGGAAUUCUACUAUGAGCAGCCGGAAUCCUGAUACAGUGCCAUCUCUUAAAAGAAAAACAGAAAGCACGCUUCAAGUAAAAAACAAUGUUCAGCCCAACAAAAAGAAUCAAGGCCCAGGGACUUCCUGCAAUAUGAAUCAAAAUAAAACAAAGCAGCAUGAUGUGGAGCAGCCUUUGGGAAGACCUGUAACUCGUUACAUGGUGAAAUUGCAGAACCAGUUUGCUACUUAUUCUGAACAGAAAAUCACACAAUCUAAUAAUUUAGAAAUUCAGACUAAAUCUACCUCUGUAUCUGUAAAUGAAGUUGAGAUGAAACUCACCAGUUAUAAUGAACAUGUAGCUACUGGUAGUACAUCUGAAGCUCAAACGUCGCUGAGGCGUUCUGCAAGGAUCAGAAAUUCAACUGGAUUUGAAGUCCAAGCAGAGGAAAAUUCAACUACAUCCAAACAACCCAGUAUUGAAAAUUCAUCCAAACAAUCCAAUAGAGAAAAUUCACAGCAACAUCCAUUAGUACUUAAACCCUGUGGUGCUGUGAACAAAAAUAAAAGUAUUGCUGAUCUCAAGUGGCGUGAAAGCAAUACAACUCACACAGGAAGUCAAGUAACUUUUCCAGAAGUUGAAUUGACUGAUACAUUUUACACCAUAAACAUGUUAAAAGAUGUAAGUAACAAAUCUAAUACCACUAAUGCAAGUGGAAGAUUACUCACAAAAGAAUUGCUGAGUGCACGCAACACUGAUGAACAACCUGCACAAUUGAUAAAAUAUUCAAAAGUUCAGGUCAGCAAAGAAAUUCUGAGUAAAGUUACCCCUUGUAAUUUAAAUAUGGAAAUAUCUCAGAAAAAUGAAUAUGAAAGAGCAGGAGGACACUGUAUUCAUGAAAGCAUUACCAACAAUACAACAUCCCUAAAAAAGAGGAGCUCUCACUUGCCUGACCAAGAUGACUCCACAAAAAUCAAUAAAUUUAUUGAGUACAUUCCAAUCACUACGGCUGAACUCACCGUAAUGGAUGAUACAUUACCAAAAGUUGAAAUUAAGCAGCACGAGCAUACUAAGAACAAGACUCUAGAAGACAAUCCUGAUAGUAAUAUGAUACUUCCUGAUGUUUCAGAAUUUAGAUGUAAUAUCCCUAUGAUUUAUGAACAUGAAUCUGGACAGGAUCUACUUGAACCUGUAACCUCAGAACACAUUUCUUUACAGCAAAAAAUCAACUCCACAACUUCCCAUUAUGAAAGAGUUGAUAAUUUAAUCACAGAAUAUAAAACCUGUAAUAAUGUCACCACAACUCCAGACCACAGUGAAGCUGUAAUAUUAGAGUUCAUAAGCCAGGAAGAACAUUCUAGAGAUUUGAUGACAACAAAUGAUCAAUAUAACAAUAAGCCAUCUACUUGUGAUAUGGUCUCAGACUGCAAGUUUAAUGCUGCAACUGCAGUGUUACAUUUAGAGUACCAAACCGAUGAAUCUAAUGCCAAUUUGUCUGAACUCUGUACCAGUAAUUUAAAUGAUGCAAAGCAUUUGGCCAGGGCAACUAACAUGGCAACAGCUGAAGAAGUAAAUGCAAAUGAAGGUGGAGAAAAUAUCAAUAAUACAUUUGCAAAAUACCAAUUCAGAGAACCAGCACAAGAGACAAAUAAAAGUGGACCUGAGUAUGUAUUAGCCGAGACAGAUAGCAGUGAUGACAAAAGAAAUAAUGCAUUGCACCAUUCAGAUAGAACAAGCAAUGUACACACUCCAGAAGUAAGUACACGCGCAAAAAAUAAAAACAAGGGAAGAAAGAGAUCCUGCAAGCUGUGCACCACAGAAUCUUCAGGUGUAUCAGUGCCUGGCAUUGUCAUGCCAAAAUCUUGUUUGACAACUCCAAAAUUACAUGCUUUAAACAAGAGAAAUGGUAAAGGAGAGACUCGUCUACACCAUGCUGUAAUAAAGAGAGACAUAUCUUCAGUAAGAUCUCUAAUUGCAGCUGGAAUUGAUGUAAACAUGAAAGACAAUGCAGGUUGGACAGCACUUCAUGAAGCUUCUUGCAGAGGUUUAACUAAGAUUAUACAAGAAUUACUGACAGCAGGUGCUGAUGUCAACUGUGGAGGAAUGGAUGGGCUAUCGCCAUUGCAAGAUGCUGUGAGCGGCUCUCAUUACGAGGCUGUGAAACUACUACUUCAGAAUGGAGCUGAUCCCAUGCAGAAGAGUGAAAAUGGGAAGAAUGCUUUUGAUGAAAUUGUAGAUGAUAAGAUUAAGCAUCUACUUGAGACCUACCAUAAUAGUGAAGUGACUAAUUGUGAAGAGCCACAGCCAGUCACAGAUCAACAGUCUGUAGACGCACAGAAUGAGAAGCAGACCAAGGGCACUGAUGAAAAUUUGCAUGCAUCAUUUAAUGUUCCUUUUGGUCCUCCACAUGAUGAAUGUGUAUCUUAUGAUGUUGAGCAAACAGCACCAACUUUGCAAACUAAUAAAGACUUAGAAAGUCCAGAGUUUAAUAUUUCAGAACAUGAAUCAAUUACAAUAAUGCUGAAAGAAAUAGAAACAAAGCAAGAAAAGAUAACUAAGUUUGAACUCAAGGAGCCUGAAAAUGCAGCUCAAUUUGAACUGGAAUUGACACAGAUUCGGACUGUGUUAAAUGAAAUACUUACCAAACAUAAAGCAGAAAAGGAAGAUCUUGUCAAAAAAUUCAGAGUCUCUCCAGGUUCAUUCAGACAGGGCACACUACAGAAACAAGUAACUGCACUCGCCUCUCGACAGAGGAGAUUUCUAAAUCUGUUACAGAAGCAGAAAACAUUAAAUCAGAAAUUGCAAGAAUACAAACUAAAACAGCAGCAGUUGCAGCAAAAUAACUUAGUAAUUCUAACUAAUAGUUCAACAUGCACUACUGAGAGCAGAGUCAGGACAGAUACACUCUGUAAAGAAAUGCAGCUUUCGAAUCAGUAUAAAGGAUUCAGUACUACUUGUGCUACUGAACGUACUGGACAAAUAUACAAUACCCAUCCACCUCAAAACUCAGAAUGCACACAAGAACAUAAUGUUCUCAGUCGAGAGGAGAUAGAUAUUUCUGCUAAUCAGGAGACAAAUAGAACCUCUGCUAUUAAGGAACAUGGUAUGGAAUGUGGCAUUGGAAAUAUUGCUACAACUAAUCUUGAUAUUACAAAUAGGAAUAACACUGUCAGUAUAGUAAGUUCUAUAUCUGACUCAAGUCACAGAGAGUCUAAUUCUUUAGAGUCACACUCUCUAGAAACAUCACAUCUUCAGGCUGAAACAUUAAAUUCAAGCCAAGCUGGUGAUAUGGAUUCAACAUUUUUCUGUAGCUCUGGCCAGAAUAUUCCUUUGAAAGCAUCACAAUCAAUCAAUAAUCUGGAAAGUAACUUGGAAAGUAAUUGUGGAAAUAUACUGCCAAAUACUGAAAAGUCUAUAGACACAAGCACAAUGCAAGCAACUUGUAACACGCAAAGCUGCUUGUUUGUAUUACCUGCCACUCACCCUGCAGAAAAGUUGAUGCCAGUGAAUUCAAUGCAAAGUCAAACUAUUGGCCAGCUCAAAUUAUUGAAAUCCAACAACCAGUUUACUAUCAUGCCCAACAGCUCACAGUGUGGUAGGAAUCAACAGCAGAUCUCACCGCUCAACACUGCUGAGUCAGGUGCAAAAGACCAAAAUAUUAAAAAGAUAAAUGCUGUUCAACAAGACUACCAGAACACAUCGGAGUUAAAUGCCUGGAACAAUGAAGAUAGCAGCUUGGUGAAUGCUUCUAAUCUCUCUGGGAAGCAGCAUAAUUCAAAAUUUCUACCAGUAGAUAGUGGAACUGGACAAAGAAGACUACUCAACUUAAUAGAUCUAAUCAAACAAGGAUUGAUUCAGCCAGGAGAAGACACACUUGAUCUCAAACUACAGGGAGUUUGUCAUAAAGCUGAACUCCAAGCUUCUGGUAUGAUUAGAGGUAAAGAUGGAACGAUAUACCGUAGUCCUGUGCAUUGGAUUAAAGAACUUCUGGGAGACAAAAUACCAGUCAGCCGGAAAUUUGCAUGGAAUAAGGUUAUGUAUAAAGGGAAAGAACUUCUGAAAUACAGCUCCAUGAUUACAACAUCUACCACUCCAGAGAUUCAGUCAAUUUCAGACCCUAUCAUAUUAACAGAUAAGACACCAUCUUCCUUAACUGAACAACAGAGAAUGUGUACAGGUACCUUUUCACAUAUUCAGGAAAAGAGAUCCAGCUGCAGCUUCUUGCAGCUUAAUGAGAUUCUACUUGUAAGAGACGAAGAAUUCCUGCCAUGUCACAUAAUGAAUCAGCAUUGGAAUUUCUAUGCAGAGUCUGAUGAGUGGAAUUUCUAAGCUUACUCUUAAGACAAAAAUAAACACACAGAAGUAAAGCUGAAACAAAAUCUCCAUUUUGCUAAAAUUGUGUUUAAUUAAUUACCAAAUGACAGAGAAAAAAUGUUUCUCAGCAUUUUUAGUAUUCUUUCAUUGUUGACUUCUCUAGCAUCAACUAUAGCUGAAAUUGAUAUUUUGGGUUAAAAACAUGUGAGA